AGGUUGACAGUCACAUGGCUUGGUUGUCCGAUGUACAGUAGCCUGCUCUAGAGAUGACCGUCAUGAGUCGAAAGUCUGAGCUGGUGGACGCCGCGAAAGCGAACGAUCUCGAGGUUGUGAAGAGGCUGCUCCAUCUGGGGCAUUCGGUGGACGAAAAGGACAAAGAUGGUACAACUGCGCUCUCCUGGGCCUGCUGCUACGUUAUUCUCAUCAUUACUCAUACCACCAACCGCAGGUCUCAAAGAUAUCGUUCGAUUGCUCAUCGAUGCCGGAUGUGACGUCAACUCCCAGAACUCUUACAAAGCCACUCCAUUAUUGGGAGCAGCCGACAAUGGCCAUGCAAGCUGCGUGGAGCUUCUCCUUCAGGGGGGGGCACAUCUCGAUGCCUGCAGCGAGAGAGGGGACACUGCUCUCCACAUGGCUGCCUUCCGCGGGAACCUUGACAUAUUACGACAACUGUCUCACGCCGGUUCCAACCCUUUCCUUCGGAACAGUGCUAGCCUAACGGCCCUCCAAGAGGCGCGAGCAAACCAACACUCCGACUGCGCAGCUCACCUCCGGCACUACAUGAAACAAAACCGUUCCAAAGAGUUCAUCUCUCUACCCAGCGCUCAUUCGGAGACUUGCGUUGUACCGUCGAGUCUGGAGAGACAAUUCGGCUCAUGGCCAUGCGAAACGACUUCCUAUAACCUCGCCUCAAUCUCACCACCUGAGCCGGUUGCCUUCAGCUCCAAUAUGCUUGCCUUCUCCUCAUACCCGACGACGACAACAAUGCAUUCUUUCGACAGCUCUUUUAAUAACCCUAACCCUUCCGUGGCUGACACUGCCCCUCCCUUGCCACCAAGACGGUCCGCUCAAGCCUCUCAAACUCGAGCGUAUGAUGCUGGCAGGCAAAGCUGGGAACAUGAAGAGAAACAAGAGACUGGGUCUGGUUCAUCUUUGACUUCGAUGUUGUCCACGGUCCCCGUCAAGUGGGGUCGGCCUUCGAAUGACUUUGAUAAUCAGCACAAUAACUUUUCAGUGGCCUCAGAACAUGGCAGCGAGAACUGUAAGUUCAAGCCGAACAUCCCAGUUGAAAUUGACUUUGUUGAUGAACAGGAAACACUGAAAAUCCCACCAAAUAACCGCACCGGAACGCGUGUACCUUCAGAACAGAGUUCGUUGGUUCCACUGCUGCCCCAAACUCAAAAGACCUUUGCCUUGGUAAACGUUACUUCGAAUCCGAAACCUGAUUUUAAAAAGACAGUGCCCACUAAGCCGAGUUCAAGCAACACCAUUCAAGCAAAACAGCAGCUUCGAAUUCCCAGGAUCCUGCAAAGUGGAACUGAUUUCGGAAAUACCGUAACCUCACAGAUAAAUGAACAGGACUUUAUUCUCAAGGACUGUGAUGUUUUUCAAUGGGUUCAGACCAGUUCGGACUAUACAAACACGCUUCUUGCCGAUCAAGUGGCACUGAUAGAUUGUGGUACUCAACCACAUCACCUUAACUUGACAGCAGUUCCAUCAAACAGCCCCAGUGGUUAUACACGUGGACAAGACUCGUCUGACUCCUUUGUUCCUCUAGAGCAAACUCUUUUGUUGACGCGAGAACAACUCAGACACACGGAAAGAGAACUGCUGAACACACAACUUAGACUUGGAGAUGCGGAAGCGUCAAAGCUCAGGCUCCAGCAAGAUCUCCAAGUCAGCCAGACAGAGACUUCCAUAUUGAAGUCCGAAGUCGUCAAACUUCGCAGCUUGAUCCAAAGUUUGACCAGAAACUCGGGUCAGCUCGGAGAGGACUUUCAGGCAGUUCUCAGCCCUACCCAAACACUUGGACAUUCUGGAGCAGUCACCUCUUGCUUAACACUGACACAUGCUUCGAGCGACUCACAGUUUGUGGCUCGCGGGCAGGAUAGUUCUUGAGGCGUCUGUGGUGUAAUUGGUACGCUCUUCGUUGUUCCAAUCAGAAGACACGAAUUUGAUCACCUGGGGAACUUACGAUAUUUGGUGUUGAUUUCCACGCAGCUUAAACAGGUAUAGCAAAAUGUUUCAUCUUCUAGAUCAUUGCAUCAUAACACUACGUUUGCUUUUGCAUUUGUUUGAGUUCUUACUAGAUUUAAACCGGCAUCUGCGGUGUAGCGGUUAGGCGCUUCGCUGUUGCACGCAGGAGAGUCGAGUAUUUUUUUUUUGGUUCACAAAAUAUUAUUUAAUGAGCACGGAAAAGAGCUAUGUUAGACAGUACUUGUGCACGAGUGGGGGAGUUGCUCCACCUGCUUAUUUGUAUCCUCGAACCUUCAUGUGGUUCUUUUGUACUUGUCAGCAUCUCAAGACUAUUUAUUUUGUCCGAAAGAUGCCAUUUAGUUAGUUUGACAUUCCUAUGAGAGACACAAGUGUUUCUUUUUUUAUAUUACUAUUAUACGAAUUAUAAGCAUACCUUUUGUGUUGACUGCAGGCAACAACAUUCAUAACUGAACAACCCUCCUCGUCCAAAAACAGCAACAAAAAAACAACAAAAAAAACAACAAACAAAUGAAACAACAACACAAGAACAACGAAUAAAUGAAAGAAAAAAACAAACUUACUGGGCGUUUUGGCCGCACCUUUACCAGAAAGAAAGAAAAUUACAAAGGAUAGUUGUAGUGGGCUGAUAAAAAAAAAAAAGCAAAAA